AUGACACCGAAGGCGAUGGGGGCGGCCCGCCGUCUGACUAAACACCAGGCGGUGGAGAAAUGGUCGGAGGCUCUCCUCCGACCAAGAGCCGGACUGCGGGCCGUCCAGGCCAUCCAGCCAGUACUUCAGGAAUGGCUGUCGAGAAAGCCCGGACUCUCAUAUAGAGUCGUGCAGGUGCUCACCGGGCACGGGUGCUUCGGAGAGUACCUGCACGACAAGGCGUGGAGGGAGCCAUCGCGAAGAUGCCACCACUGUACGGAGGUCAGGGACACGGCGCAACACACGGUCGAACAUUGCCCAGCUUGGGCAGACCAGCGCCGUGCCCUGACCAACGUCAUCGGGGGGACCUUGGGCUUCUCAGCAUGGUCAAGGCCAUGCUGGAAAGCCCACUUAAAUGGGAGGCGGUCGCCUCCUUUUGUGAGGACGUCCUCACGCGGAAGGAGGCGGCCGAAAGAGAGAGAGAGGCCGACCCUGAUGCGCCCCCAAUGCGGCGCAAGAGGAUCGGCCUACGAGGGAGAAGGUUUGCCGCCCAGGCGGCGAGAGAUUGAGGAGAUCGAGGAGGGGGCGGGAUAG